AUGAAUGAUAAAAAAACAAAAACGGCGCCCGAAAAAUCGUCAAUUCCAUCGAGAGUUCCGCCAGUCGAUGAUGCCGUCACACAAAUUGUCGAAAAAAUGUCGUCGGAUGAACUCGAUCGUCUGAUUAAAUUGGCGUUGGAGAAGCGACGAGAAAGUUUCGGCUAUUUUACACUACCAAACGAAGAUGAUAGUUUCCUCGUCAGCGAUUCAUAUGAUGGGCCUGUGUGCGAUAUUCCAGAAGUUGUCAAUGAGAAUGAGAGGUCUGACGAGCGGCCGAGUUCGGAGGGCUCAUCGGGCGAGUCGGAUUUGGAUUCGAGGAAAAGAAAGUGCUCGAUUUGCCUGAAUCGCUAUUCGACCAUCAACAAUUUGUUGAGGCAUCGUUUGUCGCAUUCGGUGAAGGAUAUGCUCACGUGCGGAAUUUGUCAACAAAAAUUCACGAAUCGCAAUCAAAUCAUCGCGCAUUUGAUAAUGGAGCUCAAACUGUUCGAAUGCGAACAAUGCGACAUGUGUUUUUCGACAGAAGCGAAAAAAUUUAAGCACACGGCAAAAUGCGCUUCGACCGCCGCCAAACGAGUGGGCUCAAUUUGCGAGCUCGAAAUGGCGCAGAUGGAAUAUCGACGGCGCAAAGUCGAACAGCAACGACAAUGGGAGAUUGUCGAGAAUCAGCGAAUUGAGGAAGCUCGAAAAGCUUUGGAGAGUAAUAAUAAUAAUAAUAAUAAUAGCACUGGCAGAAGCGAGGAGGCGAGUGAGGCGAAGCUUGUCGACAAGAGUAGCUCGAGCAGCAGUACCUCAACAGAAGGAAUGUCGAAUGCCGGAUUGCGAGAGGAAGAAGAAGAAGACGACGACGUCGAAGAAGAAGCGCAUUGUAUAAAUGGAUCAGGUGACGAUUAUCCGGAAGUUCGAGAAGAGCCGAAGACGGCAAAUGGCGAUGAUGUGAAAGUUGAAGAAGAGCGAGAUGAAGCAUUGUCGAAGCGUGUCGAGAAUGAUGGGAAUUGUGGGAAAUUGGUCGAUGAGUUGCUGCAAUUGCGAGAUCGUCAUUUUGCGAGUCUCGAAGUCGUCAAAGCGGACAAAACGCGUCUUGAAGAAGCGAUUGGCAGAAUGGAGAAUUUGAAUCGCGAGAUUCAGCAGAAAUUUGAGGCGAUCAACGCGAAGUUGACUAGAGUAGGCGAUGAGAAGCCGAUGAAGUUGGUUGAUGAAGGCGUGGCGUCGAGUGUGAAGCCGAAACGAAAACCGAUUUUGCCGCCGCCGCUACCAAAAAGGAGAAUUGUUGCGUCAGUUGAGCCGAACGAGCUCAAUGAGGCGGGUCUCGCGAAUAACGGUGGUCCGUCCGAAAAUCGUGAAGAACACACAAACGCUCAAAUCGCAAAUGAUACGACUAGACCGUCGGAAGCUGCUCAAAAUUCGAGAGAGACGAGACAAAUCGAAUGCUCGAUUUGCUCGACGACACUUGGUGAUAUUGUGGAGCUUCUCGCGCAUCGACAUCGACAUCACGGCCAAGUGGCGAUGUUGACGUGUGGAUUUUGCGAUCGAGAAUUCAGCGGCUAUGCGCAUAUUAAGCAACAUCUUUAUAAAGAAUACAACGUGUUCUCGUGCGAGUUUUGCAAGAAACCGUUCAUCAGCGCUUAUUUGCUUCAGCGUCAUGGCUAUCAUUGUUCGGCGACGAAAGAGGUGACGUGUGUGAUAUGCGAGACGAAAUUCGCCUCGGCGAAUUUGCUACGCGAGCACGAGGAUGAUUGUCGCGAGAAUUUCGAAAUGAUGAUGAGAAACGCCUAUCCGGUGCCGAGACCCGCUCAGGCUGGUGUAAAGACGACCAACAAGAAGAGCCUCUCAUUUUUGCUGUCGAAAAAGCCGACUGAUCGUCGCGCGACGACGCGAAAUCGGCAGAUCCCAAGACGAUAUAUGGUCGAGCCAGGCGAUGAGCUACCACUGAACACAUCGGCUGAAAAUGGCGCAUCGCCGGCGAAAAAAUAUCGGAGAAGCUAA